GAAGUGCCCAUGUCUUGCAUAUAUGGACUAUAUAUAGGACAGUCCCUAUCGUACUAGAACAAACGAUGCACCGGUCCAGUGUCCCGUGCGUCGGGUGCCAGCGACUCUUCUUUCCGGCGUCGCUACCGAUUCACCAAAAGACGUGUUUCGCCAAGAACGCGUUCGUGUCGCUGCCGUGUCCGACGUGUCAUGUGACGCUGCGAACGGGCAACUACUUCAACCACGUCAAGAACUGCACGGACGAGCCCGUGGCAACGCUAGCUAGCGCGUCCGAGACAGCUUCAAUGGAGCCUGGACCCAUUGGGCCUGUCGAGGACGACGGGCGUAUUCAGUGCCGGAAAUGCCAUCGCGGGUUUGCCCCCGACCGUAUCGCCAAGCAUCAGUCCGUGUGCCACGAGUCCGAGCGCAUCAAGUACGUGCGCGACGACGGCAACCAACUCCAGCACUCGACGACGACGACGCGCGCCAAGCCUCGCACGAUCAAGCGCGCCCUUCCACCCUCGCUCCAUAGCAAUGUGCCGCUGCCGCGGUCGGCGCCUCACACCGGCGCUUCGAUGCCGGCACUGCACGCUUGUCGCAAAGCGCCGUACGACCUCGUGCUUCGAGACGCGAGCAACCAAACGGGGUACACAGGCGCGAAAUACGGAGGCAUUGAUUGCAGCAACCAAACUUCGGCCGGCAACCCGCUCAGUCGGCGCCUCGUGUGAUACGAUAGUACUAGAUGUGUACAAUAUUGUCUUUUUACACGACCUCAAGUACGAG